GUUGUUGUUGUUGUUGUUGUUGUUGUUUUCUAACAUUUGCACCCUCUGUUUCUAAUAUGGCAACUUCCGACAACAACAACAAUGAGGUGGUCUUCGAUUUCCAACCUUACUAUCGAGUCUAUAAAGACGGUCGAGUGGAGCGUUUCUACGAACAACUUGGUGCAGUCGAAGUUCCUCCAUCGCUAGAAGAUCCAGCCACUGGCGUAUCAUCCAAAGACGUGAACAUCACUCAUCACGUCUCUGCAAGACUCUACCUUCCAAAAAAUACCGCCCCUGAUCAAAAGCUACCCAUCUUAGUGUAUUACCACGGCGGAGGACUUGUGUUGGGAUCCGCCUUUUUCAAAGCGGAACAUGGUUACCUCAACCACUUGGUUUCUGAAUCGAACUGUAUUGCUAUCUCUGUGAACUACAGGCUUGCCCCUGAGCAUGACCUAUCGACACUUUACCAGGAUUGUUGGGAUGCCCUUCAAUGGGUUGCUUCACAUGUUGUUGCUACUACUGUUAACAAAGAACCAUGGAUAGAAAACCACGGUGCUCUUAACAGAUUGUUCGUAGCAGGGGACAGUGCUGGAGGCAAUAUAGUCUUUAACAUGGUCAUGAGAGCCGGUAGAGAAAGCUUAAUCGGAGAUGUGAAACUCGUGGGUGCCAUCUUGUCUUGCCCUUUCCUUUUGAUCCCAGCGGCUGAGAACAUCGAGCACAGUUUGUCUUAUAAGAUUUGGAAUAUCAUUUGUCCACCAUCUGAACCGGGAAUUGAUAACCCAAUGGUUAAUCCAGUUUCGGAAAAGGGCCCUAGCUUAUCGAUGAUAGGAUGCUCAAGAAUUUUCGUGUUUACCGGAGAGAAAGACGAGCUUGUCCCAAAAGAAAUAGGAACUAAAUUCGUCGAAGCUGUGAAGAAAAGUGGAUGGAAAGGGGAAAUAGAGUUCAUCGAGGUUAAAGGUGAAGGUCAUUGCUUUCAAUAUGUUAAUCCUGAAACUGAGAAAGCUAAAGACCUAAUCAAACGCAUGGCUUCUUUCAUCCAACGCAAGUGACAUGUGUACAAUAAACUGUUGGUCAGCCUUUCCUCGGAUUCUAUAAAUAUCGGAAAUUUUAGUACAUCGAUUCACCUUUUUUAUACUUCAUUAUUAUUCUUUUUAUUGAAACUUCUUAUCUUAUAUUCGCAAUAAGUAAUAUCUGUAAUAAAAUUAUUGGGAGUUAUUUCAUUAAUUAUGAAUAAUUUAAUAUGACAAUUAUCGUCCA